GCGGCGGCGGCGGGCCCCUGGGCUGUCCUCGUAGCCCGUCCUGACGCCGCAGCCGCGCGGGGUCCCGCGAGCCCCGUCGGCUGCGGCCAUGUAUCUGCCGGCCGCGCCGGGGCCGCGCCGAGACUUCAUCUCGGUGACGCUGAGCCCGGGCCCGGGUGGCGAUGGCAGCAAGCGGCGGCGGCCGCGCUCCUGCUGGCGGAAAUGGAAGCAGCUGUCCCGGCUGCAGCGGAACGUCAUCCUGCUGCUCGCCGCCUUCCUGCUGCUCUGCGGCCUGAUAUCCUACGUGCACACGACUGAGCCCUGGAGAGCCCUCGCAGCGCGGGCGGUGCAGGAGAAGAGGAUGAGGCCGGCCGCCGCCCCCGUGCUGCCCGCGCCGCAGGAGGCCCGAGCCGACGCGCAGCCCGCACCGGGCCCACCACCCCCGAAGUCACAGCGGCACAUGCGCCGGGGACCGCCCAACCUGCAGAUCCGCGCCCCUGACAGGCGAUCCGUGGUGUCCAGGAGGCCGGAGGCCGCGGCCGGCGCCCGGGAGGAGCUGGUGCAGAGGACGCUCAGCUGGAGGGGAGCUGGGCCGGAGCCAGGCACUGGCCACCUGUCUGGGAGAGCGGGAGCCUCCUCCCUGCCCGCCCUGCCUGCCAGAAGGCUCCCCAGCCCCACAGGUGCCCGCAACCCCCGGCAGCAGGCCGUGGUCGAGGCCUUCCGCCACGCGUGGGAGGGCUACCGCGCCUUCGCCUGGGGCCAUGACGAGCUCAAGCCUGUGUCCAGGUCCUUCAGCGAGUGGUUUGGCCUCGGCCUCACGCUCAUCGACGCACUGGACACCAUGUGGAUACUGGGUCUGAGAAAAGAGUUUGCUGAAGCGCGGAGCUGGGUGUCCAGGGAGCUGCGCUUUGAUAAGGAUGUGGAUGUCAACCUGUUUGAGAGCACCAUCCGGAUUCUGGGGGGCCUGCUCAGCGCCUACCACCUGUCCGGGGACCCCCUUUUCCUGCAGAAGGCGGAGGAUCUGGGGGAUCGGCUCAUGCCUGCUUUCAAGACUCCGUCCAACAUCCCAUAUUCGGACGUCAACCUUGGCACAGGUGUGGCCCACCCGCCAGUCUGGACGUCGGACAGCACUGUGGCCGAAGUGACCAGCAUCCAGCUGGAGUUCCGGGAGCUCUCGCGCCUCACGGGCAACAGCAAGUACCAGGAGGCUGCGGAGAAGGUGACGCGGCACGUGCACACGCUGGCGGGCAAGAAGGAUGGGCUGGUGCCCAUGUUCAUCAACACACACAGCGGCCUCUUCACGCACCUGGGCGUGUUCACACUGGGCGCCAGGGCCGACAGCUACUACGAGUACCUGCUGAAGCAGUGGGUCCAGGGCGGGAAGAAGGAGACCCAGUUACGGGACGAUUACCUGGAGGCCAUUGAGGGGAUCAGGAAACACCUGCUCCGCAGGUCGGCACCCACGAAUCUCAGCUUCGUGGGGGAGCUCAACCACGGGCGCUUCAGCAACAAGAUGGACCACCUGGUGUGCUUCCUGCCAGGGACUCUGGCGCUUGGUGCGCACCACGGCCUGCCUGCAGAGCACAUGGAGCUAGCCCGGGCGCUCAUGGACACCUGCUACCAGAUGAACCGGCAGAUGGAGACGGGGCUGAGCCCUGAGAUUGUGCACUUCAACCUGUACCCUCAGAAGGUGCAGAAGGACGUGAAUGUCAAGGUGGGCGACAGGCACAACCUGCUGCGGCCCGAGACUGUGGAGAGUCUUUUCUACCUGUACCGCCUCACUGGGGACCCCAAGUACCAGGACUGGGGCUGGGAGCUCCUGCAGAGCUUCAACACGCACACACGGGUCCCCUCGGGUGGCUUCUCUUCCAUCAAGAAUGUCCAGGACCCCAAAAACCCGCAGCCCCUGGACAAGAUGGAGAGUUUCUUCCUGGGAGAGACACUCAAGUACUUGUUUCUGCUCUUCUCUGACGAGCCGGGCCUGCUCAGUCUGGAUGCCUAUGUGUUCAACACUGAGGCACACCCCCUGCCCAUCUGGAACCCAACCUAGGGUGGCCAGUCCUGUGUGGGCAUGGCCCAUGUGCCAACUUGUCCUGGGGGAGCACCCGUCUGGGUGGGCACUGGGUCAGUUAGUCCAGGCCCCUCGGGAUAGGCAGCCUGAGACCCAGUACCUGGAGCUUCCUCCUGGAUUCAGUCCCCACACUCGCCCAGGCCUGGGUGGUCGGGACUCUCCACAUGGACUUGGGGCUCUCCUGGGCAGCACCCUCCAGCUGUGUCUGAACCCUCCCUGUUGUGCUCAGGGUUAGGGCCUGCCUCGCUUGACACCAUGACCCACCCGUUCCUACCACCUGGUGAGAUGACACUUCUUUCUGGAAAGUUCCUGGCCACAAGAGCCAGGCUGAUCUGCGUGGAAGUGCUGCAGGGCCACAAUGGGCCCAGAUGUCUCAUUCAGCCGAGCUGGUGUCGAGGCAGCAACUGGCACUGUCAGCUGUAGUGGCGCAGGCCACAGCACAUGCCCCCUGGUGGGGCUGACCAGCGCAGUACAGAAGAGCCCUGUGGAUGUGGGUGCAGGGAUCAGACCAGACUGCAUUUGGAACAGACACAGCGCCAGUGGGGCCUGCCCUGAUUGAACA